GCUAGCUGUGUGCGAACACAAACGCUUCUACAUGGAGAUGACAAAACCAGGCCCUUUAAAUAGUAGAGCCUUUCUUCCUCAUCAAUUGCACUGUGCCUACUAUUAAUAGCAGUAGUAGUAACUUCUCUUUUGACACGUUUUCCUGUUCCAAGACGAGCCACAGCUCUGCCUGCAUUGAUUUCCGAUUCUUAUUUUCUAAAGCGUUGGUGUCCGAACGUGUUAACGCUAUAUAUCCUUAUAUAGAUGAGAAGUGUUAGAUCGGAGACCGGAGGCUGCUCUUAAUUAUAGUCAGCAAGGAUGUUGCUAGCCUGCGAUCCGACUGACAAUGAAGCUGGGCUGAAGCUCUUGGAGGACCUCACCACAAAUGCCAAUCAAAUACAGCAGCAAGUAUUGGAUGAAAUCCUCACCCGAAAUGCACGAACCGAGUACUUGGCGAGCUUUCUCAAGGGUCAACCUGACAAGCAACUCUUCAAAAGCCAAGUUCCCAUUGUCAAUUACGAAGAUAUCAAACCAUAUAUUGAGAGAAUAGCAAACGGGGAGCCAUCCCACAUCAUAUCGGCGCAGCCCAUCACCGAACUCCUCACCAGCUCGGGAACUUCAGGAGGGAAGCCAAAAAUGAUGCCUUCUACCGCCGAAGAGCUGGACAGGAAGACAUUCUUUUACAACCUUCUUGUGCCUGUGAUGAACAAGUAUGUGGAUGGAUUGGACCAAGGAAAAGGAAUGUACCUUCUCUUCAUCAAGCCAGAAAUCACAACUCCAGCUGGGCUCAAGGCAAGACCAGUGUUAACCAGCUACUACAAAAGCAGCAACUUCAGAAACCGGCCAUUCAACCGCUUCAACGUCUACACAAGCCCAGACGACGCCAUAUUAUGCCUAGACAGCAAGCAGAGCAUGUACUGCCAGUUGCUUUGCGGCCUCGUGCAGCGCCACGAGGUUCUCCGCGUCGGUGCCGUUUUCGCCUCGGCCUUCCUCCGAGCAAUCAAAUUCUUGAAGGACUACUGGCCGGAGCUUUGUUCCAACAUCAGAACCGGCCGUCUCAGCGACUGGAUCACCGACCAAAGUUGCAGAAACGCCGUGUCCUUAAUCGUCAGCGAACCGAAACCCGAUUUGGCCGAUUUGGUUGAAGGGUGCUGCAAUGGGGAGCCCUGGGAAGGGAUAAUUAAGAAGCUUUGGCCGAAAACGAAGUAUAUUGAAGUGAUUGUUACAGGGUCCAUGGCACAGUACAUCCCGACGCUGGAAUUCUACAGCGGCGGGCUGCCUUUGGUGUCGACGAUGUAUGGGUCGUCGGAAUGCUAUUUAGGGAUCAAUCUUGAGCCAUUGUGCAAGCCUUGCGAUGUGUCUUAUACGCUUCUCCCAAACAUGGCCUUCUUCGAGUUCCUGCCGGUGCCGGUGGAGAAAAGCCAUCUCCAAUGCAAUGGCGCGGUCUCCGAUUUGAAUUGCGAAGCAUCGGACGCCGAUCGGAGGCCGGAAACUGCGGCGGUCGGUCUUGGGGAUGUGAAGAUCGGUCACUACUAUGAACUGAUUGUUACCACUUUUACAGGCCUAUACAGAUACAGAGUCGGAGACAUUCUCAUGGUGACCGGCUUCCGCAACGCCGCGCCCCAGUUCCGGUUCGUGCACCGGCGAAAUGUGGUUUUAAGCAUCGACACGGACAAGACGAAGGAAGACGACCUCUUGAACGCCGUCGCCGAAGCGAAGCAGAUCAUCGAGCCUCUCGGCUUCCUCCUCACGGAGUACACCAGCUACGCCGACACGUCGUCGGUGCCUGGCCAUUACGUGCUGUUUUGGGAGCUCAACAAUAUUAUUGAUCUUCAUCAUCUUUACCAUCCAAUGCAAGUUGACGAAGCUGUAAUGGAAAAAUGCUGCUUCAAAGUGGAAGAAAAGCUGGAUUCAGUGUACAGAAGAUGCCGGAGGAGGGAUAGAUCGAUAGGGCCUCUGGAGAUACGGGUGGUGAAACGUGGAACGUUCGAUGUGCUGAUGGAUUUCUGUGUUUCGAAGGGGUCUUCGGUGAAUCAAUACAAGACGCCGAGGUGCAUUAAAUCGGAGGAAGCCAUUGGGAUUUUGGAGUCGAGGGUGAUGGGAAGAUUCUUCAGUAGAGAGGUUCCGUCGUGGCCGGAAGAAUCCAUGAUUUAGGGGCCUUGUUUCCUAUCAAGAAGGCAGCGAUUCUCACGCCGGAUCCUGAGUUUCCAGCUGGAGGGCGUCAUUUUUCCUCAUUAAUUAAUCGGGGCAUUUGAUUUGUAGACUUCUCUUGUACUCUGAUGGGUUACUCUCCCUGUCAGUGCCUACGUUUAAUUGUAUGAGAUUGACUGAUAAUAUAUUAUGGACCUUCUUACCAAUGAAAUGUAAAGUUUGAUA